AUGAAGCAAGUCGGCUGGUUUAGCAAGCCGUUCCUCACCUCCCUUCUGCUGGGAAUCGGAGGUUUCCUCUAUGGAUUCGGGACCCAAAGCCAGACGCUGACCGGGGACGUUUCCUCUUCUAGCGACUCCGGCAUCAUCACCCCCAGCUUGGCCCUCAAGUCCUUCCUGGGCUAUUUCGGCAGCCCCGACCCGCCCAUGCGAGGCGCCAUCGUGUCCAUCUACCAGGCAGGAGCCUGGCUUGGUAGCGCUUGUGUCGGUUAUACCAGUGACAAGUUUGGUCGCCGCAAGGCCAUUGCUUUCGGAUGUAUCUGGGGAGCCAUUGGCGGUGCGCUGAUGGCUGGCGCUGCUCACGUCGCUAUGCUUAUUAUCGGUCGUCUUCUCGUCGGAUUCGCUGUCGGAACUAUCACUGGUGUCGCCCCCGUCUUUGGCGCCGAGAUUGCCAGGACUGAGGAGCGUGGUCGAAUCACUGCCGUGAACCAGAUGAUGGUCGCCUGGGGCUUCUUCGUCGCCCUAUGGACCGGCGUCGGCGAAGGCAAAUGGCAAAACGCGAACCAGUGGCGCCUCGGCUUCGCCAUCCAAGCCAUCCCCGCCAUCAUCCUCGGCUCCUCCGUCCUCUUCAUCGCCGAGUCCCCCGCUGGCUCCUCCUCAAGGGCCGCCACGAGGAGGCGGAGAAGGCGUUCCGCAACUACCACUACACGGGCGACAACGACGAGUGCACAGCCUCUCGUGGGCCGCCCUCCUCAAGACGCCCCCUUCCGCAAGCGGCUCUUCGUCGGCUCCUUUGUCUGGGCCGCCGCCAUGUUGUCGGGUAUCUCGUUCGUGCAGUACUACCAGACCGCCAUCUACGCCACCCUCCAGUACGACCAGGACAGGCAGCUCCUCGUCAGCGGCCUCUACGGCUCCGUCGCCCCCGUGGCCUGCUUGAUCUCGCUCUUCUUCGUCGACAAGGUCGGGCGCAAGAAGAUCCUCGUGACGAGCUCCGGCCUGCUCUUCAUCAGCUACACCAUCAUCACCAUCCUCGCCGCCGUCUUCCCCGCCAAGCCCGGCUUCCCCACCAACGAGGCGGCGCAGCGCGGUCUCAUUGCGUGCAUCUUUGCCGUGUCGGCCAACUACUCGGCUCUCUUGGGUCCCAUGACCUGGAUCGUCCCUCCCGAGGUCUUCACCACCGAGCUUAGGGCCAAGGCCAACGCCAUUGUCCAGGUCAUCCACUACUCCAUCUCGCUGAUCAUCACCCAGUGUUCGCCCAUUGCCCUCGCCGCUGUCGGCUGGAAGUACUAUAUUCUCUUCAUCCUCACCAACUUCCUCUGCACCCUCGUCUUCGCCUUCUACUACCCCGAGACCAAGGGCAAGUCCCUCGAAGAGAUUGCCGAGAUCUUUGGCGACGUCCAAGUCAUCCGCGAGGCCGAUGUCCAGGGCGAGAAGGCCAACUUCAAGGUUGUCGAGAACGCCGUCAAGGAGGAUUAA